GUUGAUGACAAUAUUUUUUGGACAAAAUUCAAAGUCAAACAAAAACGUCACUUUCAACCUCUUCUACUUGUUAGAUCCAAGCUGCGCUUUUAUUUUAAUUUUAAAUUAAAUAUAUACUAUAGGACUGAGAAUCCAUAAUAAUAUACACAGCUAAGAACUUAUGUACUUUUUUUUUGUUUAUAAAAGACAGAUAGCUUCGAUAUUUUUUCGAAGUCUUCCAUAUUCAUUCCACUGAUCUUUAAUCUUUUGUCCUCUUCGUCUCCUCAGUUUCUUCCCUUUCAAAUUAUUUGAUCGUUUCAUUUCUCUAAUUAAACACAAGUCACAACUUGUAGCCAUGGGAACUCAAGCUCCAUCAAAUUACGAUGACUCCAAGAUUGACACAAGAACAGAAGAAGAGAAGGCAAUCGAUGCGUGGCUUCCGAUUACUUCUUCGAGGAAUGCAAAAUGGUGGUAUUCAGCUUUUCACAAUGUUACUGCUAUGGUUGGUGCUGGUGUCCUCAGUCUUCCUUAUGCCAUGUCUGAGCUUGGAUGGGGACCUGGUGUAACUGUGAUGAUUGUAUCUUGGAUUAUCACUUUAUACACACUAUGGCAAAUGGUUGAAAUGCACGAAAUGAUUCCAGGGAAACGUUUUGAUAGAUAUCAUGAGUUGGGGCAACAUGCUUUUGGGGAAAAGCUUGGAUUAUGGAUUGUUGUGCCCCAACAACUAAUUGUCGAAGUUGGUGUUGACAUUGUUUAUAUGGUCACCGGAGGAAAAUCACUUCAGAAGGUGCACCAAUUGGUUUGCAAACCACAAGAGGAAGGCUGCGCAAAUAUCAAACUUUCAUACUUCAUCAUGAUAUUUGCCUCUGUCCAUUUUGUGCUAUCUCAUCUUCCCAAUUUCAAUUCCAUAUCUGGUGUGUCUUUGGCAGCAGCUGUUAUGUCCUUAAGUUACUCUACAAUUGCUUGGGGGGCAUCAGUUAAGAAGGGUGUACAACCAAAUGUGGAUUACGGGUACAAGGCACACAGCACUGCAGGAACUGUGUUUGAUUUUCUAAGCGGAUUGGGAGAAGUGGCUUUUGCAUACGCGGGUCAUAAUGUGGUGUUAGAAAUUCAAGCUACAAUUCCUUCAACACCUGACAAACCUUCGAAAGUGCCUAUGUGGAGGGGAGUUGUUGUUGCUUACAUAGUUGUGGCCCUCUGUUACUUCCCUGUUGCUUUUAUUGGAUACUGGAUGUUUGGAAAUGCAGUGGACGACAACAUUCUCAUGUCUUUGAACAAACCUACCUGGCUCAUUAUCAUGGCUAACAUGUUUGUCGUUGUCCAUGUUAUUGGAAGCUAUCAGAUCUAUGCAAUGCCAGUGUUUGACAUGAUUGAGACCGUGCUUGUUAAGAAACUUAGGUUCAAGCCUACUUGGUAUUUGCGAUUUGUUACCAGAAACAUCUAUGUUGCUUUCACAAUGUUUGUUGGAAUCACCUUCCCUUUCUUUGGUGGCCUUCUUGGAUUCUUUGGAGGAUUUGCUUUUGCCCCAACAACAUAUUUUCUGCCUUGCAUCAUGUGGCUAGCAAUCUACAAGCCAAGGAGAUGGAGUCUCUCUUGGAUUGCUAAUUGGGUUUGCAUUAUUUUUGGAGUUUUGUUGAUGAUUUUAGCACCAAUUGGUGGGUUGAGAUCCAUCAUAGUACAAGCAAAGACCUACAAAUUUUACAAUUAGAAUCAUUGAUCAAGUGCAAGAAUAUAGCGAUGAGUAUGCCAUCUGAUUAAAUUUAGAUAGACGUAUGUUUGGCAAAGGAAAUUUCUACUUCCGUGGUGUGCUUUGGCUAUAAAACAUUUUAGAGUAUAGUUUUUCUUCGUAUGUAAAGAUUUGGUUAAUUUCAUGGUGUUGUUCAUUGUCAA